UAGUACUAACUAACUAAGAAGUCUCUCUCUCUUCUCUCCUCUCCUCAGUACAAAGACUCUCUCUCCUGUAGAAUUCACUUUUACUUUCUCACUCUAAAAUCUGCCCUCAUUGUCUCGCCUCUGUCUACUUCAAGAAUUGAUGUCUCUUCAACACUUUCUCUUAUUUUAAGUUCUUCUUCUCUCUCUUUCUCUCUCUCUCUCUCUUUGCUAUACAAAUUUUCCUGUCUCCGCCAUUAAAACCCUUGUCAAGAACCAAAAAAGCCCUCACAUUUGUUCAUUGCUUUGUCCCUCCGUGAGAAAAGAGAGGUCUCAGAAUCUCAAAUCUAUUUCUUAGGGAGAAACUCAGAUUCCAUAUUCUUACUUGCUUUUGUUUAAGUUUAAGUUUCUGUCUGGUCCCCCAAUUCUAAGUCGAAAAUUUAGGAAAUUCCCAUUGUUUUUUGGCAGUGAUUGAGUUUAGGUAAGGAUUUCUCCUUUCUUCUUGUUCAUGUAUGGAUUGAGUUUCUGCUAAAGGAGAAAAAAAAAGGAGCCACACAGAUACUUGUAAAGAAGCAACAAUGAGGGAAGACAAACCCAAGACUAAUAAGCUGGCAUGGUCCAAGAAGAUGGUCAGGAAAUGGUUUAAUAUCAAAAGCAAAACAGAGGAGUUUCAAGCAGAUGAUCCUACUUCUGCUGUUGAAGUAGAUCACAGAAAUAGCUUCUCAGCUGAGAAAGCACCUUCCACAAUCAAGAAGACCAAAACUGAGAAACUCAACAAGAACUGGGAGCAGCAAGCUCGGCAAAGGAGAAUGAAUUAUGAGAAUCCUAGGAUCAUUGAUGUCCAAAACUACAGCAUCUUUGUAGCUACCUGGAACGUAGCUGGACGCUCUCCUCCUUCAGAUUUAAACCUUGAUGAGUGGCUUCAUUCGUCAGCUCCUGCAGAUAUAUAUGUACUCGGAUUCCAAGAGAUUGUUCCACUUAAUGCUGGUAAUGUCCUUGGAGCUGAAGACAAUGGACCUGCUCAGAAAUGGCUCUCUCUUAUCCGAAAAACGCUCAAUAACCGACCAGGGACUAGUGGAACAGGCGGUUAUCACACGCCUUCCCCUGUCCCUGUGCCUAUGGCAGAGCUUGAUGCUGAUUUCUCUGGAUCCACAAGGCAAAAGAACUCCUCUUUCUUCCACAGACGGUCUUUUCAGACCCCAAGUAGUACAUGGAAUGAUCCUUCAAUUCCUCAGCCAGGUCUUGACCGUCGUUUCAGCGUCUGUGAUCGUGUCUUCUUCAGCCACAGGCCAAGUGAUUUUGACCCGAGUUUCCGUGGUAGUAGCAGCAGUCACAGGCCUAGUGAUUACUCUAGAAGGCCUAGUGAUUACUCCAGGAGGCCUAGUGACUAUUCCAGAAGGCCUAGUGAUUAUUCCAGAAGGCCUAGUGAUUCAAGACCGAGUGACUACUCUAGACCAAGUGAUUACUACUCCAGACCGAGUGAUUUUUCACGGCCAAGUGACUUUUCAAGGUCUUCAGAUGAUGAUAAUGGUCUCGGGGAUUCUCCAAGCACUGUCUUGUACUCACCAGGUUCUGCAGCUAACGAGAACGGAUAUAGGAUCCCGUGGAACUCGUCACAGUAUUGUUUAGUUGCUAGCAAACAAAUGGUGGGUGUUUUCUUAACAAUUUGGGUGAAAAGCGAGCUAAGAGAACAUGUCAAGAACAUGAAAGUAUCUUGUGUUGGCAGAGGACUGAUGGGUUACCUCGGAAAUAAGGGAUCAAUAUCAAUAAGCAUGUUGCUCCAUCAAACAAGCUUUUGCUUCGUUUGUACCCAUUUGACUUCAGGACAAAAAGAAGGUGAUGAGCUAAAGAGAAACUCUGAUGUCAUGGAGAUUCUCAAGAAAACAAGAUUUCCUCGCCUUAAGAGUUCAGAGGAAGAAAAAUCCCCUGAGAACAUCCUUCAGCAUGACCGGAUAAUAUGGCUUGGAGAUCUAAAUUACCGUAUAGCAUUGUCUUAUCGGUCUGCCAAAGCACUUGUUGAGAUGCAGAACUGGAGAGCUUUACUAGAAAACGACCAGCUAAGAAUUGAGCAGAAACGAGGCCAUGUGUUUAAGGGAUGGAACGAAGGAAAGAUCUAUUUCCCACCAACGUACAAGUACUCAAGGAACUCAGAUAGAUAUUCUGGAGACGAUUUGCAUCCUAAGGAGAAACGUCGCACUCCUGCUUGGUGUGAUAGGAUAUUGUGGUUCGGGGAAGGACUGCAUCAGUUAUCUUAUGUAAGAGGAGAGUCACGGUUCUCAGAUCAUAGACCAGUGUAUGGCAUUUUCUGUGCAGAGGUUGAGUCAGCCCAUAACAGGUUAAAGCGAACAACGAGUUACUCCACUUCACGGGUCCAAGCUGAAGAACUCUUACCUUAUUCCCGGGGAUACACUGAGCUUAGCUUCUUCUAGUCAUAAAGAGAUCUUUCAUUUUCAGCUCUUUUAAGGUGAACUAAAGUGUAUUUGGUUCUUUGAGAGUGAUGGAGACAUGCCAUUGCCACUUUAAACUCAAAGGGAACAUGGUGUAGGAUACUAGGAUGUGUUGUUUUUGUAUAAUGAUUUUGGCCUCGGUUAACCAAUUCUCACAUACCGCUCUCCGGUUCAUAGUAUUCAUCAUAGCUAACUUCGGUGGAUGUGAAUUUUAGAGCAACGUUGCAAGGCAAUCAACUAACCCAAUCAGAAACUGCCAAGUGGACAGAUGGAAGUUCUUUGAUUUUUUUUUUCUGUUUAAAAAAAUUCUCAUCAUUUUUUGGAUUUUAGCAAUUAGCAUGCAUUAGGGUUUACUUUUCUUAGACAAUUAGCAGUGGCGUGUCCACGAGAUAAUCAUAUUGUAAUGCUUAAUUAUAUUAUAUAAAGUUUACGUCAAGAAUAUGGAAAUAUAUACAAAAAGAAAUAUUCUAUUUCCACUUUAUUUGAUGAUAA